UUUUUUUUGUAUAAGGUGGUGGAAGUGAAGAGUGAAACUGAUGCUAGAAGAUGUGGAGGAAAAGCUCAGCUGAAAGCUCCGACCGGUUUGAAUAUUUACAGACUUUGGUCACUGAGUUUCAGGACACCGACAGUGAUGAGGCGAAGGAGCAGGUGCUGGCUAACUUGGCCAACUUUGCUUAUGACCCAAAGAACAUGGAUUAUCUGAGGGAGCUGCAGGUGGCCGACCUCUUCCUGGACAUGUUGACUGAGGAGAACGAGAACUUUGUGGAGUUUGGCAUGGGUGGGCUGUGUAACCUCAGCAUGGACCCUGGAUGCAGAGACGUCAUCCUGCAGAGCGACGGGAUCAGUUUAGUCACAAACCGUCUGGCUAGUCAGAGGGAAGAGACUGUUCUGUCGGCCGUCACCACCCUCAUGAACCUCGUAACUCCAUCGUCCCGCUCUCAGAUCACAGAUCCAGCCAUCCUGCAGUGCAUGCUGCGCUUCUCCCUCUCAGAGAGCCCUCGACUGCGCAACCUGGCCGCUGUCUUCCUGCAGGACGUCUGCAGCGAGGAGCAGGUGAGCCGAGCCGAGCAGCAGAUGAAGGUUCAACAGACGGCGGUCGGCAUCCCGCUGCCGAAGGACUGAUCCACAGCGAGGAGCUGCUGAAUCUUCUCAGCCUCCUCACGAAGUUUGUGUUUCUGGAUCUG